AUGAACCUUUAAUACUAAUUUAAAAGUUUCCAAUAAGAUUUCUCAAAAUAAAGUAUUUAUAAUCCUUCCUGUUAUGCUUAUGGAGUUUAUACAAGAUAUAAUCCGUUGAUUGAUAUGACUUAGUUAGGAGAGAUUGGAAUUUUUGAUAGCAAUUGCUUUUUUAUAUUUAAUGCCAUAGAUAUUAUAUCUAAUAAUAUUAACUUCCUUUAUUAUGACUGUGUUGAUUAUUAGAAAAAAUAAAUAGAAAAGACAUACACAUUUAUUGGAGAUGAUGGUAAAAUUUACAAAAAUUCAUAUUUAUUAAAUACAUUUGAAUAUGAAUCGUAUUGGUACUUUUUAGGCCUCAUAGUGAAUGUAUUUGAAAAAAGAGUUGUUAUAACUGCAUUUUAAACUACUCAAGAAUUAGAUACAUAAGUAUAUCAACUUAAAUAUCCAAAUUAUGAUACAGAUUUACAAUUUAACAUAGGAGGAAGUCUAUAAAUAAAUAUUAAUUAAAUCCUAUUUAAUCCAUAAAUAUCGAAGCUCACCUAUUUUCCAGGAAAUAUUUAUUAUUAUCUUCCAGGGUCUAUUAGUAACUAAAUUGAUUGUGAGAUUGAUAUUUUUGAAAUUUACGAACCCCCUUGUAGAUGUACAUUGAAUGAUAUACCUAAUUUUCCUGAUUCAAUUAUUUCUAAACUAAAUGAGGAAUAUUUUAUUUCAGAAAACCUAAAUUGUGAUGCAUUUAUUUUUAAAACAUGGAUUAGAAUCAAAGAUAAGAUCUCUAAUAUUAAAGAAAUUUAUUAUCAAUUAAUAAAAUUAUCAUCACAUUUUACGAAUCAAAAAUAUUUGAAUGACAACCUAUCAGCAUUUUAACUUUAUUAUAAAUUGACUGAAAGCCUCAAUCAAAUCAUUAUAACUACUUAUAGUUAUACUUUUCCAGCAAUAAAUAUUGAUUUCUCGGAUAAUCCAUUUUUAAUUAGGGAAACUUUCGAUAUAGAUGUGAAUAUAUAAUUAUGGCAUUUUUUAAUUGUUAAGAAAGACAAAAAUUCUCUGUUAGUAAAAAUAUCAUUUUUCGAGGGAAGAAAAAUUAAGGAAUAUUCUUUUGAGUCUAAUGUUAAUCACUUUAAUUAGAUUAGAUUUAAAGUGACUCGUGGUAAUCUAUUGUAAAAUAUCAACUAUUUAACAAUCUAAUUAGUAAAUAUGGCUUUCUACAACUGCGAUAUAGAAAUUACUCCAGAACCAUGUCAUAUAUCGUGUUUGGAAUGUGAUGGUCCAACUAAAUUUGAUUGCAUAUCUUGUGAUUCUUCUAAGAAUAGAAUAUAUAACGAAAUAUUGAAAGCUUGUGUUUGCGUCUAUGGGAAAAUCGAUCUUGAUGGAGAAUGCAAAGAUUACUCCUCUUUUGAACUAAAUAUUUCUUAGGGAAACGAAAAGGAGUUCUAGUGUUCCUAUGGAUAUUUUGAGUUUGAAGGUGAAUGCUGGAAAUGGUAAUUAUUUAUAAUAGACAUAGUCCUUCUAUAAUAAGAGAGAGAUUUAUAACUUGCAUAGAAUGUAUUACAAAUCCAAAAACUUGGAUAAACAAUCCAUAUUGUUAAUAUAAUUUUGUAACAAAUAAUGAUUAUAGUCCUUUUACAAAAUAUGAUGAUGGGAUAAAAGAGUAUUUUUUUGAUGGAAAUGAUUUAAAAGUACGUGAAAAUUCAGAAUUAAAUUUAGAUAUUUAUUCAGAUUACUUAAAGACUUUUGAAAACUUUUCUUAUUUUUGUUUUUACUGCUAAGGAGAUUUAUUAAAUUAGAAAUGUUUCAUUUUUACAUUUUGUCAAUAGUGCGAAAUUUAAUUAUCUAAACCUAUAUGUACUUUAUGUCUGAAGCCGUAUUCAGAUAAUAAUGGAGUUUGUGAUAUAGUUCAUACGACAUAGCCUUCAAAUGUUAUCUUUUGUGAAACCCCUUAUUANUAACUAAAUUGAUUGUGAGAUUGAUAUUUUUGAAAUUUACGAACCCCCUUGUAGAUGUACAUUGAAUGAUAUACCUAAUUUUCCUGAUUCAAUUAUUUCUAAACUAAAUGAGGAAUAUUUUAUUUCAGAAAACCUAAAUUGUGAUGCAUUUAUUUUUAAAACAUGGAUUAGAAUCAAAGAUAAGAUCUCUAAUAUUAAAGAAAUUUAUUAUCAAUUAAUAAAAUUAUCAUCACAUUUUACGAAUCAAAAAUAUUUGAAUGACAACCUAUCAGCAUUUUAACUUUAUUAUAAAUUGACUGAAAGCCUCAAUCAAAUCAUUAUAACUACUUAUAGUUAUACUUUUCCAGCAAUAAAUAUUGAUUUCUCGGAUAAUCCAUUUUUAAUUAGGGAAACUUUCGAUAUAGAUGUGAAUAUAUAAUUAUGGCAUUUUUUAAUUGUUAAGAAAGACAAAAAUUCUCUGUUAGUAAAAAUAUCAUUUUUCGAGGGAAGAAAAAUUAAGGAAUAUUCUUUUGAGUCUAAUGUUAAUCACUUUAAUUAGAUUAGAUUUAAAGUGACUCGUGGUAAUCUAUUGUAAAAUAUCAACUAUUUAACAAUCUAAUUAGUAAAUAUGGCUUUCUACAACUGCGAUAUAGAAAUUACUCCAGAACCAUGUCAUAUAUCGUGUUUGGAAUGUGAUGGUCCAACUAAAUUUGAUUGCAUAUCUUGUGAUUCUUCUAAGAAUAGAAUAUAUAACGAAAUAUUGAAAGCUUGUGUUUGCGUCUAUGGGAAAAUCGAUCUUGAUGGAGAAUGCAAAGAUUACUCCUCUUUUGAACUAAAUAUUUCUUAGGGAAACGAAAAGGAGUUCUAGUGUUCCUAUGGAUAUUUUGAGUUUGAAGGUGAAUGCUGGAAAUGGUAAUUAUUUAUAAUAGACAUAGUCCUUCUAUAAUAAGAGAGAGAUUUAUAACUUGCAUAGAAUGUAUUACAAAUCCAAAAACUUGGAUAAACAAUCCAUAUUGUUAAUAUAAUUUUGUAACAAAUAAUGAUUAUAGUCCUUUUACAAAAUAUGAUGAUGGGAUAAAAGAGUAUUUUUUUGAUGGAAAUGAUUUAAAAGUACGUGAAAAUUCAGAAUUAAAUUUAGAUAUUUAUUCAGAUUACUUAAAGACUUUUGAAAACUUUUCUUAUUUUUGUUUUUACUGCUAAGGAGAUUUAUUAAAUUAGAAAUGUUUCAUUUUUACAUUUUGUCAAUAGUGCGAAAUUUAAUUAUCUAAACCUAUAUGUACUUUAUGUCUGAAGCCGUAUUCAGAUAAUAAUGGAGUUUGUGAUAUAGUUCAUACGACAUAGCCUUCAAAUGUUAUCUUUUGUGAAACCCCUUAUUAUUAGACAUAUUAUUAUACUUGUAUUUUGUGUCCUAUUGAGAACUGUCUUUAUUGUUUUGAUUAUUUAAAAGAUGACGUCAAAAAGAAUACUAUAUUUUACAAAUAUUCAAAUGAUGGAAUUAAUGCAAAUGACUUAUAAGUGUUGGUAGGGUGCGCAUAAUGUAGAGAAGGAUAUACGUUUGACUUCACAAUAGGAUAAUGCCUUUAUAAAUAACCAUCAAUAUACAAUUGUCUCAGAUCAUUUGUGAAUCAACAAGGUGAAGAACAAUGUAUCUUAACCUCAAAUGAUGAUUUUUCAAUUGCUCCUUAAAUAAUUAGUUGUGAACAUUAUAUUCCUCAUUGUUAAUAAUGUUAUCAAAAUAUUCAAGGUAUUGUAAAGUGUAUAAUUUGUCAACAAGCAUAUACUUCAUCCUAUACUUCAGGAUUAUGCGAAAGUCAAGGAGCUGGUGAUUAUUUUAAAUCUUUAGUAACAUAUUAUGAUUAAAGUAUUUGGAGAUAUUUAGUCCAAAGUUUUACAAUGUUAUUUACGAAAAUUAAUUAUUCCUAUAAAUAUUCAAGAUUUUAUGAUUAUGUAGUGGAAUGUUUUGAAGGAUAUUAAUUAUUUAAUAAUAACUGUGCAAAAUAUUGUGAUUAAAAUUGUUAGAAAUGUCAGAAGCAAUAUAGUACAGCAAGUUUCACUUGUGAUUUAUGUACCUUUAACCCUUACUAAGAACCCUAUAGAGUUUAAGAAAAUGGGAAGUGCAUAAUUUGUCCUUCAUUCUGUUUAAUAUGCUAAUUAAGAUCUAUUGAUAGUAUUAAGGUAUUUGAAUUUAAUAUUUUAGAGCAUAAAUCCUUACUACAUAAUUAACGAAAUGAAUACUCAAUAUACUACCUAGUGUAUAAAAAGCAUCUCAAAUUCGAAUGUUUAAUUUGACCAAUUUCUAUAAAUUGCUAAAUAUAUAUAUGAUCCAAACUAAACUGCCUUUGAAUAUUCAGUACUAUUUAUAAUAAUAAUAGGUUACAAGGCCAUGUAAUAUUGGCACUUAUGAAGAUGUGCUUGAUCCUUCUAUUGAUGCAUUCUUUGAGAAUAAUUUUGACUUCUCUUAUUUUAAUGAAAUUGGUCUGCAGCAAUUCAUUUUGACAGUAACAUUAUAAAGGGAGGAUUAUUGUGAAUCUGUUUAUCUACAAAUUUUCAAUUCAUUUUAAACAAAAGUAUUUUCAAUACAACUACUUAAAUUAAGAUUACAAGGUGAUCUCUCGAUAUUUUAAUUCUAUUAAAUUGAUAAUUUUAAUUCAAUAGAAUUAAAUAAUUUACUUGUAAAUAUAGAGAAUAAUCUUUAUAUGCAGCUUACUAAUAAUUAAAAAGUUAUAGAUUAUCAAAUACUAAAUUGCAGCUUCUAUUCAAAUAAAAAUAAACCAAUUGAAUUUGGGAUCUCUAAGAAUUUUUAUCGGAUUUUUAAAAUUUAUAAUGUGUCAAUUUUUAAUGCUAAUAUUAAUAAUUAAAUUAUAUUUUCUAUAGAUUAGAGUACAUAAAAUGAAGAAAUUUUGAUACAUUCCUUUUUUUUGAUAGAUUGCAUUAUAAGCAAUACAGUUUUGUUCAACUUUAAUACUACCUCAAAAAAACAUAUUAUAAUUGAAAAUCUUUUGAUCGAAGGAUGUUAUUUAGAUAACUUUACAUUAAUUAAUAUCAAAUUAAUGAAAGAAUAAUCUAAAAUAAAAAUAAAGGAUGUCAGAAUAAAGAAUUCAAUAAUUUUUAAUUGUUCAAUUUUAUAAAAUUACGAUAACAAUAUGUUAUAUAUCGAAUCUCUUUAAUUGAUUGAAAACAAGAUAUUAAAUUCACAGCUGAUAAAAUUUAAUAAAGAUCUCUUUUGUUUUCACUUAUUGCUGAGAUUAAAUGUGUUUAAAUACUCAAUUUUUUUUGAGAAGUAAUAUUCGAUUAAUAAUUAUUAUGAAAUAUAAUUGGAUGAUUUUGAUAUAUCUUUCAAUACUUUUCAUAACUUUUAAGUAAUCGCUAUUAAUUAAAACCAAAUAAAAGCAAUAAAAAUAGAAUUAAAAAACAUAGCUUUUUAGGAUAAUAAUAACCCUAUCCAAGAUUACUCUUUUAUACUUAGUUGCUCUAGUCUUUUAAUUUAGAAUUUAUCAAUACUAAAUACUUUUAAUCAUCGCUACUUUUACUUAUACAACAUUUCUGAAAUUAGUUUUAGGAAUGUAUCUGUAAAAAAUGAACUUUAAGAAUUUAAAAUUCCCAUUAAUUAAGAUUGUGCAAUUAACAACUAUUAAUAUUCAAAAUUAGUAUCUAUAAAAGGAUUUUAGAGUCUUUAUUUAGGUUUCAUAAAAUUUACUAAUUAGAUUACUAUAGAUUAAUCUUUUAUUGAUAUUCAAUCAAAUGAUUCAAAUAUAAAUGAAAUAUUUGGAAAUAUUGCAAUCUAAAAUAUUACAAUCUAAAAUAUUACAUUUACUAGAAACAUUUUGAUGAAAAUCAGUUAAGGAAAUUAUUUUUCGAUGAUAUCAAUAUAUUCAGAUAAAAUCUAGUCAAUCCAUUUGGAGAAUAUUUUAUAUGAAGAAAAUUCUUACUAUUAAUACAAUGAAGAUCCGAAAUAAUCAUCUGCUAGUUUGUUGUUUAUUAACUCUAUAAAUAGUUCAAUCGUACUUUAAAAUAUUUAUUGCUUUCAGAAUUCAUUAACAAAUUCUUCUAACACCUUUAUUGCAAUCAGCUCUAGUGAAACUAAAGUAGCAUAAAUUAAAGUAUUUUACCAUAAUUAUCUUAAAAUGGAGUUUUGGAGUAAGUAUUAUGACAUUUAGUUACAAAGUGGUCUUAAUUAGAUUGAAGUUAAUUAUAUGAUUGAAUAAAUCCUUUAAAUUAAAAAUAAAGGAGGAGUUAUGUAAAUAGUUGCUAAUAAAUUCACUUUAUAAAAUGGAUAAUUUUAAUACUUAAUUGCCAAAAGUAGCUCUAUCUUAGAUAUUAUCACCACAGGGAACGGAAUUGUAAUUUUAAAUAAUUGCAGUAUUGCUUAUUCUUAAAUUAAUUUGCUUUCAAAUCAGGAAUAAGAAGGAUCAAUAAGUAUACAUUCAUAAAACAGUUUUUUAACUUUGAUGUUAUAAAAUUUUAAUUUCACAGAAGUUAAUAAUCAGUAAGCCCCUGCAAUCAUAUCUUUUGAACCAUCUGAAAUUUCAAAUAAUAUUUUGAUAAAAAAUGUCCAAGUUUCUAAUUGUUUCUCUUUAAUCAAUUUAUUUUUAUCAUUUAUAUUUCCCGUGGAAUAAUUAGAUUAGAAUUAAGUAAUACUAGAGAAUAUUCUUAUAUCAUAAAGUUAAGAAGCUUAACUGCAGUUUAACAGAUAACUUAACCUCCUAGAACCAAUAAUGUUAUCAAAAAUAACUUAAAACAAUGCUAUUUUUAAUAUUUAAGGAGGCAAUUUAAAAUUUUAUAAUGUUAAAUAUGAAGGAUUUGCACUAUCUGGCAUCCUAAAUUUGAUAAAUUGCAAAAAAAUAUAAAUAGUUAAUAUCUAAUUUAGUUAAAUUACUUUAUUUUAUAAUUUGAAUUUGCUUCAUAUUGAAUAAGUUGCUUAAUUUAAAACAAUAAUAUAGAUUCUAAACCUACAAGUCGAAAAAAUAAGCAUGUUUAAUUAUUAGCAUUAGAUAUUAACCCCUUAAAGUUACCCAAUCUUCUAUAUAGAACACUCUAAAUGUUAAAAAUUAAAAGUUGUACCCAUUCCAAUAAGCGAAGAAGAUUUAAAAGUAAGAUAAAAUAAUUUUGAAUUGAUUUAAUCAUAUUCCACUUAAAACGGAUCUAUCUUAUACAUUAAAUCUUCAAAAAAUCUAACAAAAAUAAGCUUAUAAUCUAUAUAUAUUUAAAAUAAUGAUUGCAAAAUUUGUAAUUAUGGUUUAAUCUAUUUUUAAUUAGUUGAAUUUUUAAGGAUAACGAUUCGAGAACUAUAAUGCAUAGGAAAUAAUAUUUAACAAUUUGGAUGUAUUACUGCUUUAUCCGAUAAACAAAUUCAAGGUAUGCUAGUUAUUAGAAAUUCUCUUUUUAUUAAUAAUACUGGUGGCUAAGGAAUAGCCGUAUCUUCAACAAAAGUCAAGACAGUUCUGCUUAACAUCAAGAUUUUGAAUAAUACUGCAACUUUAUUAGGAGGGGGAUUGUAUUUUGAUCUCAAUAAUAAAGAUUUCAACAUAAUUUCUGCACAAAUUUAAUACAAUAAGGCGAGAGAGGGUGGAGGGAUUUAUUUAACUGGUGAAGGUAUUCUAAGUGAAAUAAACUUUGAGAAGUCCCUCAUACGUUUUAACCGUGCUGAAUCAACUACAAAUAAUUUGCAAGAGUUACCUUCUCAUCUAGAUCUAUCAAUCAAUAAUUAAAUUAUGCCUUCAGAUUUUACAUUUGAUUAAAUAUCUAUAAAGUAAUUAAAAUUAAGUCCAUAUCAAAUUAUCUAAUAAGGUAAAGAGAUUAUGGAAAGUAAAUUGAUGAUUCUUAGCAAUUAGUAAACAGCAAAAUUUGAUUUAUACGAUCCUAAAAAAAAUAAAUUCACUUCCUAUAUAAAUGAAUUAUCCAUUCAAUUUAAAAAUAGAUUUAAUGAAUAAUUACUUAAUUUUUCUAAUUCAACUUGCCAAAUCAUUGAACAGACAUUUGAUAUUAAGAAAUUAACCAAAUUGUAAUCAAUAAAUGUGUCUUUAAUUUAAUUUAACUCAACGACAAGCAAAUUUGACCUGGGAAUGUUGACUUUCACUUUUGAUCCAUAUAAUCAAAAUGACAAAUAGUAUGAAAUUUAAAUCUACUGUAAAACCAAAAAUUAGGUUUAAGAAUUAUCUUAUAAUAUAAAGAUAAAAAGUCUACUUUGUUAAUUGGGAGAAUUUUAUGUUUUAAAUGGUUGUUUGACUUGCUAAUCAAUGCAAGGGUUCUAUUCUGUUACGUACAAUGCCACAAAGUGUUCAAUUUUUGAUAAAAACAAAUUUGAAGCCAUUACUUCCAACAGUAUUAACUUGAAACCUGGAUUUUGGAGACCUCAUCAGGAGUCAGAUUUAGUAAAUGAUUGCUUUAAAAAUGUUGAAUCAUGUAAAGGUGGUUGGCUUGUAGGUGAUGAUAUUUGUAAAACUGGAUAUGUAGGAGGAUUAUGCGAAGAGUGUGAUAAGCAUAAUAUUAGAGGAGAUGGGUAUUAUUUUAAAAAAGAACAAUCUACAUGUUAGAAUUGCAGCGACUUUUAAAUUAACAUAGUAUCUUUAAUUCUAUUAACAGUUUGGUAAUUAAUUAAUUUAGUCUAGGGUUUUUCUUUCUACUUUUAUAACAUUAGCUAGCGUGGAGAAAACCAAUUAAUUAUUUGCCUUAUUUAAACUUACUCAAAAGUUUGCUCAUAUAUUAUUUAAAAUGAAUUUAAGUAAAUAUUAAAAUAUUGUUUUUAGAUUAAGAGAGUAUCUUAUUAAAGCUAUUUCUUAAUUAUAUUUGGAUAUUUUCUGUUAUUUUUACUUUUAACAUUCGAUUCUCAUUUUCAUUUAUUUUUGUUAACUAAAUAAGUGAUACCUCUUAUUUCCUAACUAGUAAUUUAGAUUGUUAACUUUCCUAAUCAUUUGAAACUGAAUUGAUAUAUGCGAGAAUAUUAAUGAUGCUUACUUUAAUCAUUAUAUAAAUCUUCCUCAUUUAAGUAGUCGUCAACAUCAUCUCCAUAUUAGCAAUAGCCAAACUUCGUAAUAACAUAAUCUCAAUUACAUUAAUUUACAUGUAUAUUUAAAAUUAUGCUGCAUUAAUAAAUCAGUAAGAUACUAUAAUUACUUAAGGCUUUUUUCAAUUUUAGCAAAAAGGGAAAUCUCAAAUAUAGAAUAUGUUUAAGGAGAUGUGUCUCUUCUCUAUGGGUCAUCGACUCACUCGAAUUGGAUGUAUAAAUUUGCAUUGCCAAUAUCAUUGCUGAUUGGUUUAAUUAUACCAAUUUCAUUGCUUUUAUUUUUGUACCAGAACAGAUAAUUAUUUGAUAAAAUAACAUUUAGAAGGCACAUUGGCUAUUUAUUUAAUGAAUAUAGUGUUAAUCGAUCUUUUUGGGAAUGGGUAAAACUAUGGAAGAAAACAAUCAUUAUUGUGAUAUUGAUUUACUUUGAAACAAAUGUAUAUUUUAAAGGAUUCUUGAUUGGUAUGUGCUUAACUAUCUAUUAAAUAAUCACGUCAGCAUAUCUACCUUACAUUUAUCCAAAAUUAAACAGAUUGGAUUUGAUUUCUGGACAAUUUUGCUUAAUGGCAAUAUUCUUGGCUGCAGUUUAAUAUCUUUGUGAAUAGCAAGGAGAUUACAUAUAGGCAAGAAUUUUGUCAAUUGCGAUCGUCCUUAUAUGCUUUAGGUUUAGUUUUCCAUAUCUUCAUGAUAUAAUUUCAGCUUAUUAUAGUAAAUAUAAAGACAAAAUUCUCACACUACUCAUAUCUAUUUUACAUACACUAUAACCUAAAUCAGGCUUAAUUUUAAAAUUAAAUAGAAAACUCGAUUAAUGGAGAUAGAGGAGAUCAAGGAUAGAAAAAAAUGUGAAAAAGUUGCGAUUCCAUACAAUUUAAAAGAAGCGUUAGGAGAAAAAAGAGUAUUUAUAUUUUGUUAUUUAAGGCUAUAAUAAAUUUGCAUUCCAACGUUAUCCCUUAAUAAAAGUGGGGAAUUAAAAUUUAAACUAUUAAACUUAUGA